CUGAGCGGACGCGCGGCGCGAGCGGCUCGCGGCUCCUGGCUCGCGGCUUCUUCUCGCGGCUCCCGCAUUCCGCGAGGCGCGUGUCGAGGUUAUUUGGUUCUCCUUGGGAAGCUGAAGUGUGCAGCCUGGGAGAAGGAGAGAAGGGGAAGAAAAACAAAAGCAACUCAAAGAAAACGAGAGAAAUGAGCCCUUAAGUCAAGAAAAGAGAAUGAAGAAAUCAAGAAAACAAAUAUUGGGUAUGUGUUGUGUGUCUCACAGCACCUAUCCCUCUAACUAAUUUUUCUAGCUGACAACCGCUGCCAGUCAUCAUGCUUGUCCGACUCUUGCCCCUUGUAGUCUUCCUCUGUGUAUGGGAGGGGCUUAAGGGCGGAGGCUCUGUUGCUAAGGUUGUCCGAAGGCGAGGCUUGGGAACUUUUGCCGCAUUGGCUGGAGAAAAGAAACCUGCAAACCAGCAGGAGGCGAGUUUCGAUAAGACAACGGUCCCACUUGUGAGGUUCAAGGACUUUGUUCCACAUGAUCUUGGCUCUGACACCAGGUAUGUUUCUCACACAAGAACAACUCAGAGUAGCUCCGCAACGCCGGCAUCCAGCAGUAAGGAGAUCUGGACCCAGACUGAAAAGCUUCUUACGAAACUGGACGAGAGACCAAUUUUUAGUCCUGAUUUUACCGCCGCUCUGUCUGUGAGCGGUGGAACGUCCCAGAACUCGAAGGAAAGCAAGAACACCACAAAAAGUCCUAACUUCAAAGCCAAACAAGAGCGAGCUGACAAAGUGCACGCUUUAUACCACAAAGUGGACCUCGCUCUCCUUUCCAACAAAACCCGACUCAAGCCCUUCAUGAAAUCCAGAGCGAAGGCGGAUCCAGUGGUUCUCACCACCGUGGCUCAGGGACGAGCGCUCAUCCUGGAUUCUCAGAGAACGUCCAACUUGACUUGGGGUCAUGUUCUCAAGAAACAGAUUCUUGAUGCGCAGCCACAAAAAGAAAGUGCCAAGGAACUAAACUAUCGGAGUAAGACUCUCAAGAGCAGGAAACAGGACCCGGUCGCUCUAAAUCACGGAAAUUCUCUAGCAAACAUCUCAGCAGACUUUUCAGCACAAGACAGAACCGUCAGUCCAGAUUUCCCCGGUGUGAGCAAUCAAACCUCAUACACGGAUUCAAGUUUAAUUACAAAUCUGGCCGGAAAUGUAAAUACUAGUAGUGUGUGGAAAAAUAAACAUUUUACUGUUCGCACCACACUAAUGGCCCAAAGUGCGGUGACUGCGAACACUGAGAGGAACCUCUUGGUUAAAGACUUCGGUUCUGUUUUCCAAGAGGCAGAGUCCAACAGCGUCCAGACGAUCACAGGGACACAGAACGAUCACAGCAGAAGUACCGCGAGCAGCAUUCACACAGGAAGACCAGGAACGGGACCCACUCUGGACUUCACACACAGAGCUGUUCAAGUGGACACAGGUCACAUCUUGAAGCUCAGACCAGAUGCGAGUCCAGAUUGUGACACUAACACAGACAAGGAUGAGAACAGAGUGACCGUCAAGUCUGGGCUGGGUGAAGGGGGGUUGAUUUUCCAGGAGGCGGAGUCAGAGAUAGAGGUGGAUGAGUUGGGACAGGAUGGAGAGGAGACAAAAUCACGAAGGAGGCGGAGCUGGAUCUGGAAUCAGUUCUUCGUGAUCGAGGAGUACAGUGGCCCGGAGCCUGUGCUCAUCGGACGGCUGCACACGGACAUGGACCGGGGUGACGGACGCACGAAGUAUGUGCUACGGGGCGAGGGAGCAGGAUCUGUGUUUGUGAUCGACGAGAAAACCGGCAACAUCCAUGUCACCAAACCACUGGACCGGGAGGAGAAGGAUGAGUACCGACUGAUUGCCACGGCGACCGAUCGGCAGACAGAUCGUCCCCUGGAGCCCUCUUCCCAGUUCAUCAUCCGAGUGCAGGACAUCAACGACAACCCGCCUGUCUUCCAGGACGGCCCCUAUAGUGCCUCCGUCCCCGAGAUGGCUAAUAUAGGUACGUCUAUAAUCCAAGUUACUGCGACAGAUGCAGACGACCCAACGUACGGGAACAGCGCCAAGCUGGUGUACACGCUGCUCCAGGGACAGCAGUACUUCUCGGUGGACCCUCAGACCGGGAUCCUUCGCACGGCAGUGCCGGAUAUGGACCGGGAGAGUCAGGAUCAGUACCUGGUGGUCUUGCAGGCUAAGGACAUGGGGGGUCACCUGGGAGGCCUAACAGGAACCACCACUGUCACCGUGAAGCUGACUGACGUCAAUGACAACCCGCCUCGCUUCACCCAGAGUAUGUGGUCGUUCUCAGUAUCCGAGUUGGCCAUCCCUGGAGCGGAGGUAGGCCGUAUCUCGGCAACGGACGUCGACCUCGGGGACAACGCCAAGCUGGACUACACGAUCCUGGAGGGAGAGUCAGGGGACACCUUUAACAUCACCGGACGGAAUCAGGAGGCUGUGAUCAUACUCAACAAAGCGGUCGACUACGAGAGCCGCAGCUCCUACUCCUUCUCUGUGGAGGUGCUGAACCCCACGGUGGACCCGCGGUUCUUGCGGCGCGGGCCCUUCAAGGACCGAGCAUCAGUGCGAGUCGCGGUCCUAGAUGCAGAUGAGCCUCCCCGCUUCUCUCGGGCUCGAUACCGGCUGGACGUGUCAGAGAACUGCCCCUCAUCCUGCACCGUGGGAAGGGUCAGCGCCGUGGACCCUGACACUGGGCUCAGCAGCAAUAUCAGGUUCUCCAUUGACCCCCAGUCAGAUCCUGAGGCCCUGUUUCGGAUCGCUCCUGACAGUGGGCUUAUCACCACGGCGAUGGAGCUGGACCGCGAGCGUGAGCAGUGGCACAACAUCACCAUCAUUGCCACACAGCGAGACAGUCCCACCCAGGUGUCCAGGGUGGUGGUUGCCAUAGAGACCUUGGACGUAAAUGACAACGCCCCUGAGCUGGACAGGCAGUACACUACGGCACUGUGUGACUCUGCCGCCGUGGGGCAGGUGGUUCAAGUGUUGCGGGCGAUCGAUAAAGACAAAGGAGGAAAUGACACUGCUGUUCACUUUAGCAUUCCUCCUGAAUCCAGUGCGGCUUCCAACUUCUCUGUCCGGGAAAGCGGGGGCCCCACAGCCAGCUUGGUCCUUCUGUCCCCACUCCUGCCCCUCUCUCGUUCACACUCCACCGCUGUCAUGCUGCAGGUCCCUCUCAUUUUGAAAGACAGUUUCUCUGGUUUGACCAGCACCGGGACGGUCACAGUGUCUGUGUGUCCUUGCCUGAGGGGUGGAGCCAAGGCCAGUGAGAAGGAGGGAAACACAGAGGGCGAGUGGGAACGGGAAACAGUGUGUCUACCCAUGGCCUCCUCCUUAUCUUCCCCGGGUCUCAGCACUGCCGCUCUGCUGGCCAUUCUGGCCUGUGUUGCUACACUGCUGGCGGUCAGCGCUCUGUCGCUCUCACUGCGCAGGCAGAAAAGAGACUCCCUGUCGCCCCUGGAGGAGGACGACGUGAGGGAGAACAUCAUCACCUAUGAUGACGAGGGCGGCGGCGAGGCCGACACUGCGGCCUUCGACAUCACAGCCCUGCAGAGCGCCCCACACAGCGCGUGCCGGGGAUACCGCACGUUGGACAGCAGGAACAUACGGUAUGCCCAGCAUGGCCAGGACAAGACCCGGGGAUACCACUGGGUCAAGGCAGGCCUGGAACCGCAGUACCCUGGCUCAGCGGCACCGCUGUAUGGCCGCCUGUGCUACAGCAGCCACACUCUGCCCGCUCUACGCCACUCUCACAGCGUGUUCGAACCUGGCCUAGCCGAGCUGGCGUAUCGCUACCCCAGCGGUCACCUGGACCACUCACUGGUCAUACAAAACCAGGGAGCCGUUGGAGGUCCCCUGGACCCUGGUGCUGUCUGCAUGGGGCCAGUAGACCCUGCUGCGGGAAGGGGGGUGGCCGGUGGGAUGGCUCCCCCUGGCGCUGACGGGAAGGAGAAGGUGGGCAUGGCCGUCGCUGGGGACCAGAACCAGAAUUUGGACUGGCAGGUCCAAACUGAAUCGCUGCCCACGGACCAGACUCUGGUUGUGACCCGUUCCGGUCGGAAGAUCCCAGCUGGUCAGAAGUUUGCCGGCACCUGGGGCUGCGACUCGGCCACGCUGCCGCUUGUUGGUCGUCGGGCCGGUCAGGUUGGCCAAUCCCCGCAGAGAGGCAGCACCGCUCCUCCAGAUUGCACCCCGGGAGACACUUCGGUCCCCGCCCCCUCCUGCUCAGACAUGAAGGAGAGCAGCGAUAGCCACCCAGGCAACUUCAGCCACAGCACCGGCAGCCUCCUCCAGGGGCAGCUAUCCAGGGACUAUCCGGGCAGCCUGGGCAGGGGUGGGCUGGAAAUGGGAAGCAGCUUCAUGGUGGCCAGGCCGCCGAGGGAAGGCAGUGUGUCGGUAGCGGGGACUGCGUCUGGAAUGUUUCCCGAGGGAGCGGGGUACAUACCUGACUGGCGCAACGUGGCGGGUUACGUCCUGGGCAGGAGGGAUAUGAUACCCCAGCUGUUACCCUUCCCGGAGCAGAACAGGGGUAUGCUGGAUCAGAUGGGGUACAGAGCUGGCUGGGCCAUGGGCCCAGAGUUGGGGAGAGGAGGAGGCGGCUCCCUGGCCCUCAGGGUGGGCGAGUUCCUGCGGUUGCGCUUGGCGCAGGUGACCUUCGACCCGGCACAGCCACCCUACGACUCAGUGCAGAUCUACGGGCUCGAGGGGGAGGGGUCCCAGGCGGGGUCGCUGAGCUCCCUGGAAAGCGAGGAGGAGAAGGAGGCGGAGCUGGACUGGGGCGGGGCCCUGGAGGAGUGGGGGCCGCCCUUCCAGCGGCUGGCCGAGCUGUUCCGAGAAAGGGAGCGCGAGAAGGAGGAGGAAGAGCGCGACAAGGAGGAGGAGGAGCAGCAACGGGACCAAGGCAAGGAGGGCGGAGCAAAGGAGCACAAGUCUGGAAGCGGGAAGAAGGAGAUGGACUGAGGAGGAGGAAAAGAAACGCACAGAUGGGAGGGUGAGGGAGAGGAACAGCGGCAGCAGGGGAAGCUCUAGGACGGCUAAAGUAAAGCAGAUUAAUGGAAGGAGACAAACAGAAAGGUGGGGGGCAGAGAGUGGGAAAUGGGGGAGUGAUUGGUGUCAUUUAGAGCAAUAAGUCUCUGAAAGGCGAUUGGUGCGCAGACAGAGGGGACGCGGAGCCCCACCGAGUCCGUUCAGCGUUACAAGGCUCCCUGUCGGCGUGUUCUUCCCUUUGUGUCGGGUCUGUCCGCACGGACACCCUCGCGGGAAGAAAUACGCGUUACAGGUGGGAUCAUGGGCAGAGACGGUUGGGGUCACCGUGGGGCGGCGCCAGAGGUUUGGGGUGAAUGUGAGCAAGUGUGAGAAGAUGAAUAGUGGGAGAAGCGUGAAACACACAGCGAGUGUUGCUCUCAUAUGUGCGGUCUACCCGGAGCGUUAAUAAUUCAGGUCCUCCCUGCCUCUUCGGUAAACGUUAUGAAACAUUUAAUUUGUGAAAGGAGCGUUCUUCUUUCUCCCUCUCUUCCAUGAUGUUGAAAAAUAAGACUGGAGCAACAUCAGCAGACUAGACAGCCGCCUCUGUCAGUCCUCUUCUGGUUCGGACGAGCGGUAGCUGAAGACACGCGCAGGUGCGCACACACUCGCAGCGCAGACUGUUACGUCUUAGACUUCAAUCUGUGGUAGCGGACCGGAACAAAAAAAAAAAGCAUACGUGUGACAAAAAGUCAGUCUGACCUCAAGGCCCUCAGUGUCGUUGUGGAACAGCAUGUGCAAAAAUAAAAUAUUCACAGACAAUAUUUCCUGAAAUGAGAGAAUUUUCCGUCAUAAUCAAAGGCAGACCGCACUGUGGCUCUCAUCACAACCCUCACUGCCGCAGGAAAAUACGUGAACAUCAUAAUAAAAAUUAACUUAUUGACGCUUUGACAUUGUGGACAGUGAUCAAGGGCCCUGUCUGUAAUAAUGUGUUACUCAAGUAUCAUUCGCCGUCAUGAUAAUAUUCCAGAUGAUCAUCGUCCAGAGUGUCUGUGGCCUGUGAGGGCGCAGCGGGUCCUGUCUCAGUGGUAUCAUAUCGUUGUCUUAGAUGUGCAGGACGUUUCCGGUCAAUGUAAUUUCGUGAUGGAGAUGAUUAUCGAGAAAUGUGUAAUAGUUACAAAGUGUAAAAAUGUUAUGUAUAUACAGAUGCAUCGCAAAUGUAAAUAUGUCCGAUUGCCAAUCUGAAAAUUAUUCUUUUUUUUUAAUGUAAAAUUAAUGUUUUGUCAUUGAUGAAAAGUACAAGAGUAGCACUGGGAUUGGACCCAGCAGGACGGUACCAGAACUGGACCACACUGUGUCUCACGCUGCUACCAGCACAGCAUGAAGCUCCAGGAGCGCCGGACGGUACCCUUUACACACCUGUCGGGGGUGCGAGCGCAGAGUCGAGGAAUAAAAGGCCAUCCAGCUGGUUUCAUUGAGAAAUCGAAGAGCGUCAUUGUCCCAGCGUACCGCGGUCCUGCCACCAUCGCCACGGUGCGCCUUCGGACACCGGUACCCCCGCAAGAACGAGGGUGACGGACAGCGUCAGCCAGGCCAAGCGUGAGGAGGUGAACGGCUGUACUGCGCUGUGUGUUCACAGCCCUCCCCGGACCGGACUGUACUGUGACACUGAGUACAAGCUGACCAAAACCUGACCACAACCACUGUACCAUCAUCCGGACCAUGGAACGCAGCACCUGCCCGCCUCCACCCAGUGCUGCCGGACCCCCCUCACCUCAUCGAGGAGUCCCAUAGCAGCGUCGCUCAUAAUUUACACACUUCCCCCAAUUCUCCUCCCAUUGUGGUUCUGAAUUAAAGAGGACAUGUUUGGAAGAGCACUCCCCCCCCCCCCCCCCACAGGGGUGCCUACAACAUGACUCUUCGCGACAGUGACACACACUCCUGGAGAGAGUGUGUCACAGGUGGUAUGGGGGUGGGGGUCGAAGAACACUAAUAA